CUUCUGGCCAGCUUCUCCGCGCACUUGGCAUACUGCAGCUGCAGUGCCGGGUACGGGCAGUGCCAGUUUUACUUCAGGGAUCAAGGCUCAGAGCAGGAGGCUGAGAGGUGACGAUGGAGGUCUUGGAAGGAUUCUCAGGGAAAGCCCAGGUGCUGCCCUGGGGAGCUGGGAUUAUUGCUCUGCUUUUGACAAUCGUGACUGUGUGCUCCCUGCCCUCCCUGAUGGAAUACUGGAGACGAUGGCGGAUGAUGAGCUCGAUCCCGGGUGUCAGCCCCAGCUAUCCGGUGCUGGGAAAUGCCCUGCUCUUAGAGCGGAAUGGAGAAGAUUUUUUUAAACAGCUGCAGUUUUAUACUGAAGAGUUCAGAAGUUGUCCAUUGCUCAAACUUUGGAUAGGACCAGUGCCUCUCAUGAUAUUGUAUCAUCCUGACAGUGUGGAGGUUAUUCUGAACAGUUCAAAACAUAUAGAAAAAUCAUACCUGUACAAAUUCCUGCAUCCAUGGUUGGGCACUGGACUUCUGACAAGCACCGGAGACAAGUGGAGGUCACGGAGAAAGAUGAUAACUCCCACAUUCCACUUUGCAAUCUUGAAUGACUUUCUAGAGGUUAUGAAUGAACAAGGAAAUAUUUUGGUGGAGAAACUUGAAAAGCAUGUUGACAAGGAGCCAUUUGAUGUUUUUAUGGACAUCACUCUGUGUGCCCUUGAUAUCAUUUGUGAAACAGCAAUGGGCAAGAAUGUGGGUGCCCAGAAGAAUAAGGAUUCUGACUAUGUUUCUGCUGUCUACAGGAUGAGUGAUCUAAUCCAGCGGCGACAGAUAAGCCCUUGGCUUUGGCCUGACUUUUUGUAUAUAUUGUUCAAAGAUGGAAGAGAGCACAAGAGGAAACUCAACAUCCUUCACAAUUUUACAGAUACAGUCAUUGCAGAAAAGGCUGAAGAACUUAAAAGCACCAAGCAAGAGAAACAUGAUAAUGAUGGCAGCUGUGAAGAAAGUGGUUCCAAAAAGAGAAAAGCAUUCCUGGACAUGCUGCUGAAUGCAACAGAUGAUGAAGGGAAAAAAUUGAACUACAGGGAUAUUCGUGAGGAGGUGGAUACUUUCAUGUUUGAGGGCCAUGAUACAACAGCAGCUGCUAUAAACUGGGUCUUGUACUUGCUUGGACGUAAUCCGGAAGUUCAAAAGAAGGUUCACAGAGAAUUGGAUGAGGUGUUUGACAAUACUGAAUGUUCUGUUACAAUGGACAAUUUGAAGGAUCUUCGAUACCUUGAAUGUGUUGUGAAGGAAGCUCUUCGUCUCUUCCCUUCAGUUCCCAUGUUUGCACGUACCUUGAGAGAGGAUUGCUGUAUUAGGGGAUAUCAGAUACCGAGAGGCACAAAUGUCCUUGUUUUAACUUAUGCCCUACAUAGAGACCCUGAGAUCUUCCCUGACCCAGAGGAGUUCAGGCCUGAGCGAUUCUUCCCUGAAAAUUGUAAGGGAAGGCACCCAUAUGCUUAUGUGCCCUUCUCAGCUGGUCCCAGGAACUGCAUUGGUCAGCGCUUUGCACAAAUGGAGGAGAAAACUCUUCUAGCCCUCAUCCUGCGGCGCUUUUGGGUGGAAUCAUGUCAAAAGCCAGAAGAGCUUGGUUUAUGUGGAGAAUUGAUUCUUCGUCCAAGUAAAGGCAUUUGGAUUAAACUGAAGAGGAGACCAAAUGCUGGAUCAGAAUGAAAGGAAUUUCAAGUGUUUACUUCCAAGAGUUUUCAAUCUAUUUAAGCAGAGACAUCUUUUAAAUACAAAUGUUUUGCUGUCAGCCCCGCACUUUGUUUAAACUAAUUGUUACUGUUUUAUUAAGAAAGAUGUAGUAAUAGCCCUAGCUGCUCUACUUUUAUAGUGCUUGUGAACUUCAUGUUAAUCUUUGAAAUGCAAAUCUUUAAACCUUAAAUUUAAACCCUGUCUUAUCUGCUUAGAUGAAACUAUUCUAUUGCCACAGUACCACAAAAACUUUAUGGUAAUAACAACAGCAAUGGCUGUGAUGAAGUGAUCAGCUUACAUGCCAUAGCAUUUUCCAAGUAACUGUAAGUCUCAAGUAUUUUUAAGGUUUUUGGGUUUCUUUGGUUCUGAAAAAUUCAAGUGAUAAUCCUUCUUGGCACAAUUUUUUUUUUGGUGAUGGCUGCCUCUGUAAAGAUCAAGCAAAAAUCUGAUAAUUUCACUCCUCCUUGGAAAGCAUUUACAUUAUUUUGUGAGAAGGGAGUGCUCUGAGUCAUUUUUUAGCAAACCAGAAUCAUUACUCUGUAUAACUGUAGCAGGAACUAGACAGUAUGCAAAUUACACACAGGAUUUCAUAAGGACAGAAGCAAUGUAUUAUUACAAACCUUGAGAAUAAACUUCUACUAUGCCUCAGUGUGGACUGAAAUUGUAUCUGUUGAAAUUGCAUGCCUGUGUGCAGGUAAAUUGCUGAUGAAUAAUUAUUUCUUAGCGUCCAUUCCUCCAGGGAAUCAAUUUGAUUUUACUGUGCUAGUCAAAGCUGAAACAAUGAGCCAGUGUGCUUUUUCCUUCUAAUGUCCUGAAGGCAGAAUACAGGGGUUUUUGCUAAUUUGAUGUUGAAGAGGAAUCACAGUGAUGGAAUGAAGUGCCUGUGAAAGUUUCUGACUGUACCUUCAGGAUGGGUCAAAAUCUGCUACAGGCCAUAAAGCUGGAGAACAGACACUCCACAAUUAUUGUAAGCUCUGAAGAAAAAGCUGGUGCUAAACCAAGCUGAGAUCCUUUAGCUGGUCUGGCUUUACUUGUGCCCUAUGCUUUAGGGUUUCUGGCUGGUGUGUGUUGCUCCAGCAUGAUGUCUGGUGUCAUACAAAGAGGAGUGCCCACCAAAAACCACUUGUGUUAUUUAUAGCUCGUAUUUUUAAUUGUUCUUGCCACUUAGUGGUGGGGGCUUUUGGUGUGUUACUGCCUUUAGUUUGUUCUUGGGCUGGGGGCAGCCUGCAGAGGGGGACUGGAUGAGAAGCUGGAGGUCAGAGCCGAUACAACUAAUAUGGACUCAUCCACUCUAAUGAUUAAUGUGUUACAAAGUAAAAGGAAUAAUCUGUUCUUAAUAAUUUUGUUGAAAUUUACAGAUUUUUUUUCUCUUGUCUGUUUCCAUGUGUCUCUUUAACAACACUUAGUCACUUAAUACCUGGGAUACUGCUGUACUUUGCAGAAUAUCAUAAUAAAGACAAAACAAUUUAUAUUUGUUCCAAGUAAAUUACAAGUUUCCUUGAACCUGCCAAAUUCUUUAUAUUCUGGUAAGCCUAGUUUUCACCCUUUUCUGAGGAUCUUCUAAAAAAGAAAGUGUUUAAUGAUUAGUUUACAUAAAUGAAAUCACAUAUCUUGAUAAAUAGUGUAUAAUCACUACCUUUAUUUUACCAUUAUGACAAAAAAGUAUUUAACAAUAGUAAUACUUGCAUUCUUCAGCCUUCUUUUUCAAAGAUCGGUUUCAUUGCCAUAUAAUAACAAGAAUUUCAGAUUCCAGGGCUGAAUCUAAACAUUGUCUUUAUAAUGAGAUAACUUUUGAGAUGACCUUCAUAUGUGACCUUCAUAACUUUGAGAUGACCUUAAUGCGUAUAAUACACACCACAUGUUUUCCAGAGACCCUGAAUUAAGAAAUUAUUUCAUGCUUUCGGGUACUUGGCAGUGUGAACUUUCAAGGUAAAUAUGAUUAGCAUCUAGAAUAUGUUUUCUCGUGAGAUUUGGCAUGUAGUUGAAACCUGGAGAGGUACCUCAUAUCUUAAACUACGUGCUUAAGUUAAGGACUUUCAAGACAAAUGAAAAUUAAUAUUCUUUUUUUUCUGUGGGAUCUACUUUGUGGAAACAGUUUGUAACAUAGACCAAAUUAUAACACUUUUUUUCCAUAAGAGGAUUUUUAUGACUUCUAUCUACACUGAUCAAUAUUUUUUUCUUGUACUUUGCCUUUGUACCAUGUUUUUCUCAUAUAAUGUGUGUAUAUUUACUAUAAUUUCCUUUUACUCUCCAAAAUGGACAAGAAAAUAAAACCAAAAACUGGAUAAAACUAUAUUAAUAAACUCAUUAUGAAAAGUAUAUGGGAUCAAAUGCUGGCAUGAGGAUGCCAAUGUGAAAAAUCCCUAUUUAGUGAUGCGCAAAGUGUCUUUGCUAAGAUGAGCACUGAUGUAAUUCGGUAAUCUUUGUGUUCUGAGCUGUUCUGAAAUGGCAGUGAUCUCUUAUCUUCUGUUGUGAAAAUUGCUUCUAAAGCAAUUUGAUGCUGGCAAGGAAAUAAAUAUUGAGGAAAACUAUUGAACACACAAGGAACUUCUUGCCUGUGGGGUAGAUGUUAAAUACAUUGCAUUGUGUAGUGUGCUUUUAUUAGGUUAAAUCAUGUGGUGUGUAGUUUUUGGUAGUGGUCUGCAACAACCCUCUGGGUGUGGGGGUUAUCUUGUUAGUUUUGUGGAGGUUUUGUUUGUUUGCUUGUUUUGGGUUUUUAUUGUGUGUGGAUUUGUUUUUUUUUCCUGUAGGACUGUGGAAUGCAGCACAGCACUCCCAGGUUUCCUGAUAAAAUAAUGGGGCAGUAAAAUAUUUUGCAAUAAAAUCUGCAUGUGCAUAGUAGCUGUUUGCG